UGGCCACAGACCUUGGCCAUAGUUUUGGCUCUAACCUGUGUUUCCUCUCUCUCCUGUUCAAAGUUCGCGUUUUUAUCACAUUCUCACCGCGAAUAAUCAAUUCCCAAAAUUUCAAUCGUGGCCGCGUUCUCGUUCAUUUUUUAAAGUGCGCGAGUAUUCGUUUACUUUCUUCCGUUUAAUCAAGCUUUGUUGAUAAACUUAUUUAGGUGUUCCAAUUUACUAUUGAUGUAACAGCGUCCUUCAACUUCGUGACAAUUCUUUGCAAAGCUCCGAGAGCUUGCUGCUCUUGCGGGAGUGUCAGGCUGUCAGGGUAUCACGCUUAAAUAGUCGUGAUUAUCCUUCUGAUUUGCCCCAAGUGCCAUUCUCUAAUUUAGUUGAUUCUUGCAAAAGAAUUCCUCGUUAGAAAAAAUGGCACUCAGAGAUUUAGUAGAAGGAGAAUGUGGACGAAACAGCUCAGUAGUCAAGCUGACGUCGCAUUUUGUACAGGAUCAAAGUUUAAAGGAUGAAGGAGUACGUCAUCCGUUCACUCAUGAUGACAGCUUCACAACUCAGUCAGAGCAGUUAAUACAGCAGUUCUUCGAGGAGACAAUGAGCAACUCUCCAACUUUCCGUAUGGACUCCUUGAUAGCUGAGAUGCGCGAUUUAGAAUCAUCUUCGACUGGUGUGACUGGGCCAGUCCAGUCGGCCCCUGUCUCACAACUUGCAUUUCAAGAGGACUCCGCUUCCUGGGAAGAUCAGUUUUUAGGAACAGGAUCACAGUUUCAGGAUGUAAAUAGAGACUCAAUAUGGACAUCUGAUCCUUGGAAACCUAAUAACAAUCAAGUUUCAGAAUUAGGUUUUGGCCCCUCAUGGGCUCAAGAUUAUUUAGAGAAUCAACAUGAAUUAGAGGACCCAAGAAACGAAAUAUUUUUGCCUGAUAUAUCUGCCUCUGAAGAAUAUGUUGAAAAAAGCGGAACCGAAUCGGAGCUGCAACAGACUGCCAAUGAAGUGGUCUCUGCCUUAGAUGAUUCAAAAUUUACUUACUCUAAGUUCAUGAAAUUCAUGCGACAAAUUGGUGAUGGCGGAGUGUCUGUCCAAGAUGGAGCUGUUAUACACCACGACUUACAAAACAGUUUAGAAAAUAGCAAUGAAGUAGCAAGUUUGUGGUCGCAAGAGCACUUACAAAAUUCCUCUUCCAUAGAUAAACAAAUUAUUGAGGACAGUAGAGAAUGGUCUGAAGAUUUCGCUGCACAUCCAGAUUUCCAGUCCACGAAACAGCAAGGUGAUGAAAAAUUCUCACAACAGUUGUGGAAAGAACUCAGUGAGCGAUGGGAGAAAAUGCUCAAUGUUGAGGAGGAAUCUGAGUCCUGGAACUCGGAGUUCACUAAUUUCAAUUCAUUCAAGAAACAGUUUUCCCUUGUGUUUAAGGAAUACACUUUUGCGCCUGAAAACCCGGUAGUCAAUGAUAAAGACGCAUUUGAGGAGGGGAAGAAGAAACUUGAGGCUGGAGAUCUACCCUCAGCAGUCUUGUGCUUUGAAGCUGCAGCGCAACAACAGCCAGAAAAUGCGCAAGUUUGGCAAUUACUUGGAACAACUCAAGCGGAAAACGAACAGGAUCCGCAAGCUAUCAGUGCCUUAAGAAAAUGUCUUCAAUUAGACCCCAAAAAUUUGACAGCCUGGUUGGGGCUGGCUGUAAGUUGUGCAAAUGAAAACUUCCAGAAUCAAGCCUGUUACGCCUUGAAGGAAUGGAUCAGGAACAACCCCAAGUACUCAAGUUUAGUACCACCAGGAAGCUCAAGUCCAGAUCAGAUGAAUGUUCUAACUUUAAUGUCAAAGGAUUUACAUGAUGAAAUAAAGAGUAUAUUUUUCAAAGCUGCCCGUCAGAGCCCUACCAAUGACAUUGAUGCGGAUGUCCAGUGUGGCCUUGGUGUCCUAUUCAAUCUGAGCUAUGAAUACGACAAGGCCAUAGAGUGCUUUAAAACAGCCCUUCAGGUCCGACCAAAUGAUGCUAAACUUUGGAAUCGACUUGGAGCCACCCUGGCAAAUUCAGAAAGAUCAGAGGAGGCAGUAGAUGCUUAUCACAAUGCUUUACAACUUGCUCCUGGCUUCAUACGAGCGCGAUACAAUCUAGGCAUAACAUGCAUUCAUCUGAAAGCAUACAAAGAAGCGGCAGAACAUUUGCUGCAGGCUUUGAACUUCCAAGCAGCUGGGAGAGGAGUUGUUGGCAAUAGUGGUUCAACCAGCAUGUCUGAUUCAAUAUGGGCAACUCUUAGACUCGUACUAUCCCUCCUGGAAAAAGUUGACUUAAUACCUGCAGUUCAAGAUAGGGACUUGAGCAGGCUGAACAAGGAAUUUGACCUAGAAUAAUUCAUCCGGCUAAAAUAUCCCCCCCCUAAGGACCCAAGUGUAGAAUAAUGAGUGGCUCAAAGGUGAGGAUUGCUCAAAGAGCAAUCAAUGGAUUGAUAAAUUAUCAGUUGAAGCUCGAGGUUUAUGUGUAGGUAUUCAAAUUUAUCUUGGGUCCUGUCUUCUUUCCCAUUUGAAUGUUAUUUCGUUUAUCUGUUUUUUAUUUUAGUUUUAUCAUCUUGAUCGCAUAAAACAGUGCAAGAUUUUUUUCAUUGUCAAUGUUCUGGAAUCAUUUUUAACCGGCUGAUGCACUCAGUCAAUGUGUAAAUUUAUUGUAUUGAAACCUUAUGUUAAUUGCAUGAUGCCUGACAGCUGUAACAUCUAGGUCCUGAAGUCUAUGCAGUCACAAAGGUUUUAUACACUGAUUCUGAAUUUUUAAUAUUCAACUGACAUCUAUAUCCAUGCAUUAACAUCGAUUAUAAAGUGCAAAACAAGGAUAUGUGCGGUGAGAUAAUGUUUCAGAAACACAAGUAUGAGCUAUGUUUUGAAUUCUCACCAGCAAAAAAAUGGUCUGUGGACCUCCCACACAUGAACACUUUUCGAUCUGUAUCCUUCGUAAUUUAGUGGUCGAACCCAUGUAAGUAAAAGCUCAUUGUGAGUGACUGAAUGAAUUCUGAAAUACAAUUCCUCAGUGUAAAAGAAGAAGCCCAUUGAAAUGACACCAUCCAAUGAAUAUAUGAACUCAAAUAAUUAAAGACUGAAUAGAGGCUCCUAUCAUUCUCAAUUAGAAAUUUUUUCUCUGAGGGUUUUCAGUUAAAGCUAAGUGUGUAGUACAUUCACUGCUACGAUGGUCUCUCAGAAUAAGCACUCUAACCUCUGGAAGGUCACUGCUCCUUUCUGUAAAAAAUGUCAUCGCACACAAGCUAAUGAGAAAUUAAUGUCAUAGUAAAUGUCAUCAUUUGAUUGUCUCAGUGUUUCUAGCCAACUGUUUAAUUAAAUGUCCCUCACAGGUUGAUUAGGUGAGGUGAAGAUGGAAGUCUUCUAAUACACCCCUCCCCGCAAACGAUAAGUCAUGAUUUUACUCAGUUUUAAAGUGACCUCUCCAGUGGUGAAUGUGUCAUCAGUGUCCAUUAGCUGUUCCUUUAAAGCCAGUCUAGAAGGCCCAUGCCCUGAAAGUUUUUAGAAAAAGUUUUUUAAAUUUUUAGAACUAAAGGUUUCAAUUUUUUACCCUGUUUUCACGAGUGUAAUUUCUGAAAUUUCUACCUUCAUGCAGUUAAUUCAAAUACUGCAUCUCUUUUUAUUUUUUUUAAUGUAAUUGACGUUCUUGUGAAAACAGGCUAUAACAUGUAUAUUUUUAUUAAUUUGUACGUAGGAUAUUAUUUCUUAAAUAUAGGUAUUUUAUCGUAAAUCCAUGUCAUUGGCUCAACGUGGAUUAAGGAUUGUUCAGUUAUAUUUGCUUAACCCUGCAGCAAUCCAAUGUGAAUCGUUCUUAAAUUGUUUGUGUGAUGACUGUCGAAAAAUCUUCUCUAGUUUAGAAGCAUCAGGGAAGAGUGAAAGGGGCCUUUGGAUAUGUUCACUUCAUCCUCAAAAGCAUAAAUACAGCCAAAGUUAAAGCGCCAAAUGAAUACUAAUGAAAGAGCAUUCUGCUUUUUUUGUUGCUCUUUACAUAAAGAGUGAACUGGUGGCUGAAAAUUAAAGCUGUCAAUCAGAUUUUAUAUGAGACCAAUCUCUAUCGCAGAAUACUGUGAAAAAGAAGAAAAAGCUUUGGAAAGAUCUUAAAAAUCUUCCAAUUUUAUGCCUUAUGAAGUUUACGAAAAAAAUUCAUUUGGCUCCUUAAAAUCGAACUUACUGGUUAAGGUGGCUCCCAGAAUUUUAGGGCACCUAUAGAACACUGAUAUGAUUUGAUUAGAUUUUGUUAAUUCUAAUUCAUUCAGAGGUUUUGCUCGGUUCACUCAUUCCUCGUUGUAAAGUGUUUUCACGGUAGAGUUCUGAUUGAAAUGAAAGUUAAUAUUAGUCGUUGAGUCAAAUGUGCUUGCCCAGUCAAUGAUGAUAAUUAGUUAAGAUUCUGACUGGGCCUCUUUUUUUUAAAAUUUUUGACUGUUCCGUAAUUGUUUAAAAUGUUUUUUUUUUUCUUCUUUUUUUGGAAAUGAAUCUUUAAUGAAAUACCCUCAAGUAUGAUCAAUUCAUUUCCUUCUUUGUAUGUUAUGAUCUGAAGGAGGAACCUCCGCUCAUCAUGAUUUUUUUUUUCUUUUUAAAGAACUUUUUUUUCAACUUAUUAGUUUCUUUUUUUUUUGUUGAGUUUCAUCCAGUUAAUUUAUGUUUUAUAAAAGUUGUUUCAUGAAACUGUUAAGAUCUUAGUCAGUGAGUUUAUUAACUCUGGAAAAUGACUUUCUUGAAAGAUCACCUUUUUUUGUUAUUCUAUUAUGGCGCAAGAAAGUUUGGCCCAAUAAAGUUGUAUAUUGGCUUAUUGGCCGUUAUACUCAGUUCUAUGAUGUUCACUGAAAAGGUUGUGUGAAAAAUUGAGUAGUCAAUGGAAAUUCAUUGUUUCGAAGAGUUGUCCUAUUCUGCAUUUCUAGGCAAUGAAAACUAAUCCAGGUUUCGGAGAAAUGCGUAUGCUAUACCACUAUUUAACUGAACUUUUUUUCUUUUUCAUUCCUGAAAUUAUUUUUGUCCCUCGUUAGAGUGUGGAAUUCUACUUAAUGUGUACGUACUAUACAGUUUCAAUCAGAGUAUUCACACGUCUAUUUUUUUUUUAUUUUAUUUAUUUAUUUUAUUUUCAUUUUUGUUUUCUUCUACCAACGAAGUAUCACAUCUUUUAGUGUGUUAUUUCUACUUACUCAAUUGAAGAAAUUAAAAAAAUUAAUGAAUGAUUCAUAAUAGGUGUUGAAAUGAAAUAAAAAAUGGUGGUUUGAUUAAUUUUUUUUUGGAUGUAUGAUCCGUAUAUUCAAGCACUAAUUGAAUUCAGUACUGGCUCUUUAGUUCCCCUUGCAUCAUUCAACCACCAAUUUUGGGACAGGAUUUCUUGUUAAAAGGUUUCUAACUUUCUGUUUUUUUUUCUACUUCUUCAAAGUAAAGUUUUCUUCAUUGUGUUUUUUUUUUCUUUCUUUCUUUUUUCGACUUUUGGGUACUUAUUUCUAUAGAAUAAAUCUAUCAGCUCUCAAUAACUUGCAGUUUAAUAUUCCAGCAAGCAAGCAGGUACAUAUCUACACUCAAUCGUCUCCUUCCUUUAUUUAUCUAUUAUUUUUCAUAAAUAUUUUAGUGCUGCUCAAUAUAUCUCAUUUUUCACAGCUCCUGUCAAAUUUUUGCCCUUAAUUUCCUGUAAAUGUCAACCUCAAACUAUUAUGGUAAAUUUUUCUCUUGAAUUUCCCCUGAGAUUGAAUGUUGUAUUUUAUAGCUCUUCUUAUUUUGUAGAAAGCUUAACUUUCGUAUCCUUCUUUUUGUUCGUUUUUCUCUUCUUUUUUCCCUGCUUUUGUUCAAUUUUUUGCGAUAAUGAUUUAAGCUACAACCUCAAAGCAAUUGGUUUUUGUUCUGAUUUAUUUCUGUUUUUCAGCUUUAUCAAGUGUUUUGCAAACUAUCUCUUUGCACCUAUCGUUAAAUAUUUUCUUUGGUUGGGCUUAAGAAGGCUGAGGUAGGUCGUAGGUUCCCCUGAUCUUGAUUAGCCCUUCUUCAGCCCAUGAUUUUGAUAAAAAUUGUUCUCAUGUGUUUACUUUUUUAUUAAUAUUAUCAAUAAUCUUUUAUAGUUGCUGGAUUUUAUCUUUAUCCCAGAAAAAUUUCAUUGACGAAGCAAGUUAUCACUGCCUGAUUACUUUUGACUUUUUUUUUAGCUUUUUUGCCGUUUUAAGAAUAUUUUGGUUCAUUUUGUUUCACCUGUGGCAGAAAAGGGAUUGUCUCUUUCUGUAAGACAUCCAAUCGAAUGAUUUCACUUUGAAAUGUUAUGUCACCCAAUUGAUAUAAACGUAAAAAAAUUGUAUAUUACAAUCAGGAAGAAUAUCUGAAAGUAUUAGUUUACUUAGAAAUUCUAGUGUGUUUUUUGCUUUUAAAUCCAUGAAAUUUAAAGCGAUGAAUAAAUUAUCCACUCAUCUAGUGAAUGCAAUUCUACUAGUAGGCCAUCAAGCGUUAUAAGUGUGUGCCGAAUUUUUCUAAUGCUAUCUUUUUUGUUCAUUUCACAAAGAAAUUUUUUUUUUGUAAGUUUGUGACUCCAAAGUCUUAUCCUUGAACUGAAGAAGUAUCCAAUUAUGCAUAAAUGAUUUUUGAGCCAAGCGUGUAGUCAGCAAAUCGAUAACCUAUUUGAAAAGUAUCUUGAGUUUCUUUGCACAUCAGCAAUCGGCAUGUCUAAUCGUUCUAUGUUAAUUCCAUUCUUGUCAUGAGACGAGUACUUUUAGUGUCUCAUAUCAGUGAAUUUUUUCUCUCUUAAAACAUUGAUGUGGAAUUAUAUUGUUCUCUCUCAUUGUCAGUUUAAUAUGUUUAGUAAAAUAUCCCUUUGUUUAAUCAGGCUUGUUUAACAUGGUUCAUGUGGCCUUUGAGAGAGCUUGAAAAGUGCUGAAUUUUGAAUUGUUGAAUUAUAACUUUGAAAGUGCUUUUUUUAGAAGGUGCUUAAAAACUGCUUCAUUUUUAAUUACUCUUUUCUCAUUGUCAGCAGUGACAUAAAGAAAAAUUUAAUGUUGAAGAUAUUGUUUUGAAAGACGUUUUAAUGACAAAAGCAUUUGCAAUCUAUCUUCAAAGAGAACCAAAAAUUACUAGUUUGGACUCACCAAGACUUGCGGAAAAAAAACUGUCCGUUUAGAAGAAAACCACAAGAAAUGUUCUGAAAAAUGCUCGAAAAUUUUCGAAAAGUGUUUGAUUUUUUAUGCUUAAAGCUGCCUGAACUAUGUUUAGCUUGUAGCUCCCAGAACGUAAAAUACCACACUAGGAAGUUGCACGAAAAUUGGUAUUUUACUUUAACAUAUUGCGAGGUCUACAUUAUUGGUCAUCAAGUAGGUAAAUUUGCCCCCCCCCCCUCCAAAAAAAAAAUAAAUAAAUAAAUAAUGAAAAAUCGAAUUCUUUCAAUUUUUUGCUAACAUUUUCUUUGGCAUUGAUGAAAUGCAAUAGUGAAUUCCCUUCCUUUUGUGCGCUCCUCUUAAAUGAUUUCCGGUGGAGUUUAGAGACGUAAAUGACCACUGCACCCCUACAAUUUCAGCGGAGAGUUAAAAGUUGUUUUACUUAUUUGUACUUGUACUGAUACAAAAGCGAGUAUCACCUGUGGCGAAAAUCAGUCGAAGUAUUUACAUUCUUACCCUUUUUUGCAAUCUCUCCUUCUCCCUCCCCAUUCCCACUCACACAGAUCCAUCCCAGGUCCGCCCCCUUCUCAUUAAAAUUUGGUUCUGUACAUCAGUUUAUCUUCAUUUGUCUAUCUUUUUUGAAAUAUUUAUGUCAGUGUUUUAAAACAUGUAUCACUCUUAGUAUCUGACCAAUGAAAUAGUUUGUAUCUUAUUCUUUUAAUUGACUUUUAUUCGCGUGCUCAGAAAUGAAACGUAAAAAUGUAGAUCCUCCCAUUUUCAUGAUCCCCUAUUUCAAGAUAAGAGAAACCACCACAGGAUGGUCUGCUUAUACCUGGAGUAUGUAUCUCUCUUUCACCCUCUUUUUGUUAUUUAUACACAGCCCUUAUGGUUUUUUUUUUUAAAUCAACCCGUCAUUUUCUGCCCGUUUUCAGCCGAUUAAGUAUCAUUUUACCAUGAUUAUUAUACUGGAAUAUUUUAUUUGCUCUUAAAUAUGAUUUAUGUAUUGAAUAAACUAUUUAAAAAGCA